GAAUUUCAGGAAUAUAAGUUUCCUCAUGGACCCCUCCCUUCAUUACGGGCGUGGCGGGUCCAGCUAAGGGCUUAUAUAAAGUUGCAGAGCUCACGGCCGUCAGAGCUGUUCCCUGAGGCAAAAUCACCGCCCAUCAUUCGCUUGAGACGCAAAACGGCCACCAUGUCUGAGCUUGAGAAGUGCAUGGAGUCUCUGAUCUCUGUCUUCCACCGCUAUGCUGCCGGCGAUGGCGACAAGGCAACCUUAACAAAAAAGGAGCUUAAGCAGCUGUUGGAGAAAGAGUUUUCCACGUUCCUCUCUGCCCAGAAAAGCCCUGACGCAGUCGAUAAAAUAAUGAAGGACCUGGAUCAGAACAACGAUAAGAAGGUGGAUUUUGGAGAGUUUAUGGUUUUUGUCGUCGGCCUCUCCACCGCAUGUGAAGCAUUUCAUCGGGCACAGCAAAAUAAAGGGAAAAAACUGUGAUAUCAACGCAGAGCCCGAAUAAUUCAACCGGAAUGUUUGAAAUUAAACAACUGUAAGUUUACCAAUAAAGAUUUGACAAAA